AUGUUGGAACAGCACACCUUACAAGAUGGUCAAAAGGCCAACUGCAGCAGCGAGAGACGCAUCCGCAACAUGGCCAGCCCAUUAUUGAGCAGUGAUCCGCGCAGCAGGAGUCCAAAAGGACCUUCGAGCGCUCGGGUCCGAGUAGGAAGGGCUUCCUCGAGGUCAGGCGAGGUCCCUGCGGGGGGAGGGUUCGAAGGACCUGCCGGGGGAGGUCAGACGAGGUCCCUGCCUGAGGUCAGAGGUCCCUCGAGAGUCAGGCGAAGUCCCUGCGGGGAGAUGCAGAUAUUUGGAUUAAACAAUGAAAUUUAUGAUUCGGAGCAAGGAUCCUUUGGGCACAGUGCGGAAGUAGAUCCCGGCGUGCAGUACAUCCGGGAGUGCCCUCUGGAGCCGCACAUCCCGAUCUACCUGCUGGUGGGCGGCUGCUUCGGCACCCUCAAGAUCCUGUGGCUCCUGUGUCAGCAGGUGCGGUCCCGUCGCUACGAGCGCAUCGACGACGCCUUCGCCGAGGACGGUCUGGAGGAGAUCUUCACGUCGACGAGCUACAGGGCGACGGACGUGGCCCUCACGAUCUUCCUGCUCAUCUGGUUCGGCAUGGGCAACUACUGGGUCUACAGGAUCUACCUUCCCAAUUUCCAAAACCAUCUCUAUGAACCCAACAACUGGUGUUCGAAGACGCUGUACCUGUUCGCGGUGGCGCAGCUGCUCUUCGUGUACGCCAUCAUCGCCUUCACCUUCCUGCUGGUGAUCUGUCUCGCCUGCGGCCAGAAAUGCUACACCUUAUUCGGCGACACGUACAAGUGAGUGCGGGUCCCCAAGGCCUCGAGGACGCCGCGCACGGGGGGCCCGGCCUGGGACGCGAAGAAGAGAGGAGGCCCGGCGGAGGAGGCCCUCGCGAAGGAGCAGGACAGGCGCGGCGCCACCGACGAGGAGAGCGAGGGCGGCGAGGUCCGGGAGAAGGCCAGGGAGGAGGAGGACCGCACGCCGAAGCCGAGUGUGUUGUUCACGGACGAAAAUAACGCCGCGAUGCCGGACGGGGCGUCGACGAGACACUUGCAACUACGACCCAGAAAAGUAGUCAUAGUCGUCUGAAGUUAGGGAGCACACUCAUGCUACACUGUGCUUUGGGUCAGCAAUGAACCACUCAGUAGUAAUACUAGACGGACCCUUCAGUGUUAGAUCCUGCAAGAAUAAACUUUCCUGAAUAGUUGCGCCGAGUCAGUUUGUGACAUUUAGUCGUGUAAGUAUCGUAAAGUAGGACUUCCGUGAAACGUUUAUGGAUAUAAAUACGUAGAUGAAACACAUGUUCGCAUAAAUAUGUCUUCAUAAUAUAUGACAGUAG